UAGGGGGAGAGAGUGGUACGUCUUGGCUUAACGUUUUCUCCCUGAGCCUCGGUUUCCUCAAUUAUAAACUGGGGGCUAAUACCUCGUAAUUGUGAGGAUUAAACGAGGUCAAGCCAGUUAAGGACUUUCCAAUUAGACCGGAAUAUAAAGUCUAAUAAGUGUUAGCUUUUUAAUGACUUUUAGAUUUUAAGUAGUUGCUCAUGGGGUAGAAUCAGGUAUAAGGCGUUAAAGUAAAUAAGUAACCGAAGAAGGGCAAUAAGUAAAUGAAACAUCCUUUGAAAGUCUCCUCAUACAGUAACUGGGGUAUCUAUAAAAGUUUAAAGUCAAGGAAUGUAUGCCUAAGGCUGGAAUACAUUUCCCAAGAAUCUCUAGGCGCUUCUAACUCCCAAGCACCCUGUGGCCGCUGACGUCUCCGGAAACGUGCACGGACAGGCCGGCGUACGUCAUGGCUGCCAGACGACUCUUCGGGGCUACCCGGACCUGGGCUGGCUGGCGGGCUCGGGAGCUCCCGGAUCCUGCCGCUCCUGGAAGACUCCUUGUACGGGAUUAUGCCAAGAGACCGGUCAUUAAAGGUGGCAAAGGCAGCAAAGCCGGUGUGGUCAGCGAUGCCCUGAAGGACCCAGAGGUGUGCACAGACCCCAUCCGGCUUACCACGCACGCCAUGGGUGUCAACAUCUACAAGGAGGGCCAGGAUGUGGCCCUGAAGCCUGAUGCUGAGUACCCCGAGUGGCUGUUCCAGAUGAAUGUGGGUCCCCCCAAGAAGCUGGAGGAGCUGGACCCUGAAACCCGGGAUUACUGGCGGCUGCUGCGGAAACACAACAUCUGGCGCCACAACCGGCUGAGCAAGAACCAAAAGUUCUAGGGGUGAAGGGACCAGAGCACACUGACCCACCAAAGGACCUCGGUAGGCACAAAAGGAGGACCCCAGAGGGGUACAACACCUUCCCCAUCCUGCCCCACAGAAGAGUUUUUCUUUUCCUAGAGGAAACAGACUUUUCCUUAUCUGUGUUCCUGUGUGACCCCCCACAGCAAGGCUGGAUCAGGGUCCGGGUCCAAGGGACCAAUAAAGACCUCUUGGGGUUGUCAUUGGCAGAUCCUGGA